UUUGGCCUAUUGCAGCGUCCUAGCAUCUGUCGCGUUUCUCGUGUGUGAUCAGGCUUAGGCAGCCCAUCCUGGCGGUGACUUGAGCUAGCAGGCCCCACUGCGGACUCCGGGCCGGCUCGGGUCUACCUGCGCCAGCGCUGUACCUGGGCGACCUUGGCUUUGCCCCCACUAGUGACCCGGCCCGCCGGUCGUGUGGGUGCCGCUCCGCUCCCCCCGCCUCGGCCGCCGACCCCCAGCUCCCCGGCGGGGCCUCCUCCUGCCACGUGACGCCCCCGCCAGGGGCCCCAGCGCCCUCCUCGCAGCCGUGCCGUUCCGGCUCCUGAGCCCCGCCUGCGCGCGGCCUCCUCGGCUCAGCCAUCCUCUUGGCUGCCGCGGGCGGCAAAGCCCACGGCAUCUGCCAUUUGUCAUUCAGCCCGUCGGUACCGCCCCGAGCCUUGAUUUAGACACGGCUGGGGCGUGCUCUGGCCUCACUCUCCGGGCGGGUGCUGGACGGACGGACGGGGCAGCAGCACUCACAGCCCAGCUGCGCGGGGCCUUGGCGCGCGGGGUGCUUCCCCCGGUCGCCGUCAUGGCCGCAGAGGUGGCACGCCCCAGCAGCCUCGCCUGAGCUCCGGGGGUCGUUGCCCCGCAGGAUUGUUCCUGCCUGAUUCAUAAACAUCGUGAUUGGCUUUUGUAAGCUGGAUUGCUGUCACGUCUAAUGUGGCUUCUGUCUCGUGUCACAUCUGAAACUCAUCUGUACCUCACUUAGAAAGGUAAAUAUGUCUGUGCCGAACCCUCCAACUCCUGCCCCCCAGCACUCCCACCAUCAGUCAUGGCUCUGUUCUCAUUCUCUCCUCGCAUUGCAGCACAAACCAGAGCCCUGGCCUCCUCCACAGGAGAGGGGCUUAUGUCCCAGAAGAGACUCUGUGAGAGAAUUUACAUUUGAGGAACUUCAGGCUUUGAGGGGAAAAUAAGGUUGGCGGAUUAAGAUGUGGUCUUAAAUGAAAGCCUGUUUUUCACUCUAAAAAAAUCAAGAGGACACGCUAAGAAUGAUCAUUGCUAUUUAUUUGUCUUAAAUUAGAAAUCAUGGGCAUUGUACAGUUGAUUUUUACUUAUCAUGACUUGCUCACUAGAAACUUCUUGUUCUCUUUCUGUUAUAUUUUAAAAAGGUGUUUUUAAAAUGGUUUUAUCUUAAGGAAAUAUUAGGAAAAAAAACUGAGAUAGGGUCCACCAUUUAGAAUCAGAUAUCCAGAAUGUAACAUAUGUUACAAUUCAGAGUCUCUAAACCACUCUUCUAAAAUCAUAAUGUGAGAUGAUUCUCAGCUUGCCAAAUUUUCUAGAGUUAUAAAAUAGGUUAUGUCGCUCAAUCCAGUGUUUAUUUGAGGGAAUUCAUGGUUGCCAGGGGCCCAUUAUAUGUCAGAAGCUUUUAUUUCUUAUUUUCUACCACUCAUGUAAAGAUUAGGAUUUGUUUUAACCGCCUAUUUCAAGAUAAUGAUUCCAAAUCCCAGCCUUAAAUUUCAUAUCUAACAUGGUUGUUGUUUUUCCCUGUCAUAUACAUUAAUUCUAGGUUCAAGGCCAUGUCACCCUAAAGCAGCCCUCACUUGUUUUGCAGCUGCAUUGCUGUUGCUAAACCAUAACUAUUGGCCUCUCUCCAGACUUUCUUUUUUUCUUUGCAAAAUGUCCUUGAAGGUCAUAAUGGUGUAUUUUUUAAAAAUUCCAGUUGUCUUUGUAAGUUUUCUUAUAUCCCAUCUUACAUUUGAUUCCCCCCACAAACCUCCCACUAGAUAAACCACUUCUCGCUCUAUUCUUUAUCGUGAGGCUGACUUCUAGGAAGGCUGUCCACAGCUGCCUCAGGCGGAAGGCUAACUAGGAGAAUAUUAGGUCGUGUGUUUGGAUUCCUGUUCUCCAAACGAUUCUAAUUAAAACUAGUCCACUACCCCCACCAAUAUGUUCAGAAGGAAAAAAAUGUAGCAAAAUCCCCAAACGCCCUCAAUCACUUCAUUAUACCAUUUGGGUAACUUUAUGGCACCUGUAGGACCAGUUCAUGCCAGGCCCAUUUGUAACUGUUUUCUCUAGUUAAACAUGAUAUUGCCAUUAAAAUCUCAGUAAAUAGGAUUACACUGCUUAAGAAUCUAGGAAUUUCUCAAAUAUGUGAGAAAAUAUGAAAGCACAGGGAUAGUAGAAAUUUAUUUUAUAAACACAUGCCAGGAGAUGGAAUUGUGUCAUGAUGAUCCACAUUAAAGAGACAUGAUUGAAGCAAAUCCAUCAUGUAUACUCUGACUUUCUAUUAUAUAUAUAUGUUACUCCAAAAAAAGUUAUUCAUGUUUCCUAGUUGUGAGCUUACCCAUCGUGUAAAAUCAGCCCUAACACUUUUUAUUCACAGGCCACAUCUACUUCGUACAUGUACUUUGGACUCGGUACCAGUCAUUGUGCCUCUAAAUAUACAUGUGUUAUGCAUAAUUGUAGAGCAGCUCUGCAAGAUAUAUAGAUAUACCCAUUUUAUGGUGAUGGAGACUGAGGCUUAGAGAAGUUAUGCAACUUACCUAAGGUUACACACCUUCCAAGUAGCAGAGCCAGCAUUCGAACUUAGAUCCAUCCAACUCCAAAGCCAGUUUCCUGUACACUAGACCACACCGUCUUUCUACCAGCUAGUUGGUUUUUUUAACUAACUGUAGGAACACAACCUAGUAUUAAGUAGAGUGUGCAUGCCGCAUAGUGGACUGAGGUAGAAUAAAACUCAUUAUUGUACUACUUUUAGGUAAGAAAAUGUAUUAUCUAAGGAAUAUCAUUAAAAUUUCCUUACUUCCCUCCAUGAACAAACAAAAGUUAAAAUGAAAUCAGUGGUGGGAUGAAGGGAGUUGGGGAUCAUAACAUAGGAGUGUUAAACAUUAAAAUUAGAAAAAAAGUACAUUUCUCUAUCAAUGUUUAAAAUGCUAGAAAUUAUGCAGGCUUAUACUAUAACAAAGGAUACUUUAUUUGGGGAAUAACUUAAUUGAUCCAUGAUGUGGCAUUUACCAAGGUAAUUUUUCACUUUUUGUUCCAGGAGUAGGAAUUAGAGGUGGUUCAUAAAACUCACAAUCACCAUGUAAAUUGAAACCACCUUAAGAUCAUAGUCAUCUUAUGUUGUUUCCCUAAAAUGGUUCUCAUUUGCACCACAUAUUCAAAUCAGAGUGCACGAAGAUGUUGUUCUGAGUCAGGGAAGAUUUAGAAUGCUUUGUGAACAGCUGUAUACUGAACUUCAGAGUUCAGUUAUUGCACUUGUGUGUGUGUGUAUGUGUGUCUGCACAGUUGGGUUUUUUGUUUGUUUUGCUAUGUGAAUUACUGUUUGGCCAUUUUAAUGUAUAUAACUGAUAAAUCCAGGAGGAUAAUCUGUAUGUCUGCUCUCUCAGUUUCUUUCUAUAACACAAGCCUGAACAUAUUGCUCUCUUGAUUAAAAACUUUCAGUGGUUCUGAUUAGACAAGACUUUUCGUUGCAGUCGACAGAAACCUAAGGGGACCAUUGAAGAAUUCCAAACAGGCAAGUGACAGGAAAAUAUCUGCAUGUUAGAAGAAUCACCUUGGCAGCAGCAUUGUGAUUAGAAUGAAGGGGAACCAUCCAAAAACAGAGAGACUGGGGAAGCAAUAUGGAUCUGCCUCUAGCAUGCAGAAAUCUCUCUCUCCACUGACCUAACUGACACAUUGAGCUUGUGGCUUGUUUAAAGGAAGCCACACGAAAAUUGAGUUUGGGACAAUAGAGUGAGCUUGUUCUCCAUUCUCUAGCAUCCCUCCCCAUGCAAACCCCCUAUCCCUGCCAAGUUUCUGGGCACCACAGAUUGGAAAGUAGCCUCCUGUACGUAGUUGCCAUGUUAAGUGGUGGGGUUGGGGCUGGGCCAUGCAGGUGUUCACUGACUGUCUCUUUCUGUCUUCCCUUCUUGGUCUCACCUGUCUGGUGUGACAAAGGAAGCAUGUGCCAACCAAGGCUAGACCCUUGAGAGACCAGAGCAGCCCCACUUUCAGUAAAGCAAGCAACCUCUGCUUACUUGCCCAACACACCCUAGUUUCCAUGUUCCUUGCCUUAUGAGUUAUCUUCUUGGGUACAAUUUAACACAGCAUUCCCACCUCCUUAUAACUAAAGUAGAUAGAGGGGGCUUUGUGCCUCAAUCCCUAGCAGACCAUCUUGGCAAUCUCUGCCUCUGCGACAGGGCACUUGCUCCCCGAGCAACUCCUUUCCCAGGUCAUCUUUCCCCUGGACAUGCCCAUCAGAUUUAAUAGUGUGCCUACUUGGCAGGAAAAUGGGGUCCCUGGUUGCUGAUUCUUAGGAAUGUGAGGUUCUCCCAGCCAGAGCUCUCGCCACUAAAAGUUCUAGUCUCUGUGUAAUGGCCAGCACAUCUUUGGCGUAUCUAAAAUCCUCUUCAGUUUCCACCAGGGCCUUUAUAAGCUUCUUCUGAAGGUCUCAGACAUUCAGCCAUGGAGCUCAAGUGGAAUUUGUUUGGAUAACAUGACUGAUUUCAAAGCCCGGACCCCUUAGACGUGCCCAUUUGGUGCUGCAAGUACCGACCAUUACUGCAACAUCUUACAGUCAACAAAUGUGACAUAUUAAAGAUUUAUAUCCUUUCCUCUGGGUUAGGAAUCUUCUCUCCCCUAAAGCACCUCAUUUUCCAGCACGCAAUCAUUUCCAUCUUAUGGAAAUCAUCCCUCCCGCUCCGUGCCAGCAUGCUACGCUGGGAGGCACGUCCAGGCUUGGGAAACAGGGGUGUCCUGGAUCUCAUGACUUCAGCAGCACCAGCUGCUCUCUUUCCUCUUCCAAGUCGACUUCCGUUCCCCCCUCCCCCUGCUACUUGGGUGUUUUUGUUUAUUUUAGCAAUUCAGAGUUGAUGAUAAAGACCUUAAAGAUAACUUUGUGUGUCUCUCCCUUUCUAGGUAUUUGCAUAGGAAUCAGAGGAGUUAAUCUUGUGAGUAUACUCUAACAUCUGCCCUUGUUUCCUUCCUUCCUUCUCUAUCUGCCUCAGGGUUUUAAAGCAUAAGCCUGCUGCCCUCCCCGCCACCCCACCCCUCUGCCCUAGGUCACCAGAGCCUAAGCAGAGUCCGUGCUCGUCUCUCUAACCGAGCGGUGGCUUUUUUUGAAAACUAGAUCAGCUCCAGUUCCAGCAGUUGCAGCUAGUCUAUAGCACAGAUAUGUGCUGUUCUAAGAUUCUGCACUUUAUUGAGGCACCCCACAAGUCUGCAUUUCACCUCAGAUCGUCAAGUAUGCAAGGAGCAUUACUGUUUUCAUUCACCAUAAUGAAAACGGACUCCAGUUCGCAUUCUGCCAACCUAGAGGAAAUUUCAUGUCAGUAAGUUUUAGGUGCUUCCCCUUCCCCCAUGGAGUGUGUCCUAGGACCUGGAGAUUUUCAUGGCCUCUGGAAGAUGAGGAACCCACCUCUGACCUUCAGUUUAUCAAAGUAGUGAUUUAUUGAAUCCUUGUAGCUGUCUGCCUCAGGGUCGCCAGUGAGGGCUGGAAACCUCCUGCCUCAGCUCUGGCCUCCCGAGGCACACUCUUCACGUAGCUGUCUUCUCAAGGAUUCUACUCAUUGCCUUAGGGAACAGAGGGGUGCAAGGGCCUCUCUUGCUGGGGGCUGACAUAUCUCCUUAUCAGGCCCUGGGAUGGGGGGGUUGGCCAUGGGGAGAUGGUAGGGAGAGUGUCAUUUUGGCAGCUUCUCCUCUGCUUUUCCUUCUCCCCUCCCAGAAGUCCAGCAGAAUUUCUUCUCUAGGUUUAGAUAUUGUUAACAAAGACAGACUUCUUCAGGAUGCUUCUGUCUUCAGCUGGAUGAAAAUACAAGGGAUUACAAAGGCUGCCACCUGUUUUAAAUGAGCUAGAAAGGAAAAUCACUGGGAAUUCAAACAAAGUAAAAUUCCAAAGUUGUCGUGCUAUCCCAAUUUGGAGGCCCUAAUAAAGGCAAAACAUCACUCGAACAGUAGGUAGCUAUGGGAAUUAAGAGAAGGAAACAGAUUUGAGAGACAAUAAGGUUGUAAAGCUUAAUCUCUGAGAACAAUCUAGACUGCAGAGCUUCUAAGUUUGGAGAGGCUGGAAAGUGACAUGGGAAGAGGUAGACUUUUGACAUGCACCCUGGAUUCACAGCCCAGCUUAACUGCUUGCUGGCUGUAGGAUCAUGGGCAAAUCAGCACAACUUCUAAGACUUAGUUUCCCCAUUAGUCAAAUAGGGUUAAUGCUACUUACUCAUGUGGUUGUUAAGGGUAUUAAGUAAAGUUCGUAAAACAGUAGCCAUCACCUGGUGAGGAUCCGGGAGCCCUGAUGGCUAUUGCAUAACGGUGCCAUUAGAACAGGCAGUGCUGGAGGAGGAGCAAGUCUGCGGGUUAACGUUUGAAGCCCACCAUGUGACCUUGAAGGGGCACUGCAAGGUAUCCAAGAGUUGCAGGAGGGAGGUAGAUGUAUUAGUCUGGAAUUUGAAAGAAAGUUCGGGAUUGAAGAUAGAGAUUUGGGAGGCUUCUGACUUCAAGGAGUAAUGGUAACCUUGGGUUAUGCAUGGGGUCCCCCAGGGAGAUCGUGUAUAAUGGGAGAAGGUAGAAGACCAGCUGCCAGGUCCACAAAUCUGUUCCAACGUCGAGUGACCCCUUAAUACCAUGCCCCUCAGUGUCACCUUUAAAAUGACAUCAUUGCUUGGAGGUGAAUCUGAAUAUCCCACUCAGGGUCUUCAUUUCAAAGAUAUAGUCUCAUUGUUCACCAUGAUCCAUCUUGCUGAAAUAAAAUUUAGUUGUCUGUAAUCCACCAAACCGGGUGGGCUCCUUUCCAUCUGGAAACUAAAACACAUUCGAGAGACUUUACAAAAACAAACCUUGUACAUGGUCAGUCUAGAGGAUUCUUUCACUGAGAACCAGGGCAGACUUCCCAGUGUUUGAGGGUUGCCCAAUUCUUUCCCACUCAAAUCAUUAGAAAUAAAAAAGUCAGUUUGGAGAAUUUGCUUAAGUAAAAUCAGGAGUCGCUAGAAGUGAAUGAGCUGAAACUGGAAGGAAAUCCCUUUGUUCAAUGUGGGUUUCAGUGAAUGCCCAGCAGGCGGCUAAACCAGUUCAUUAAGAGAGAAAAAGACAUGUUCUUAAAUGCUGUUCUCAGAAGCAAAUGCCUAGAAAAACAUACUGUGACAGCAAAAACACAUCCUGGAACUCAUAAACCCUAGAUCUGUGAAACUUUGGUUUUUGUCAUCAACGAAUAAAUAAACUUACCAAAAAAUAUUUCCCCCUUCAUUUAAAACAAUUAACUAAUCUGUUUAGCAUCUGCCAGUCUUCACUCCUAGAAAAAUGUGAUUCUUGUUACUCUGGAACUCGGAAACAUUUAUCUGUAGGAUUGUUUAAUUUUAUAGGGUCAUUUUUAACCACAUACUUAAAAAAGAAUAAUUGACGUUAUGAAAACCCUUUUUUCCCUCUGCUUUAGAAAUUAAAUUCUGACCUGAAAAGCAGUCUGCAAGUAGCAUCCUGUCAAACUAAGAUGUGUUAUUUUUCCUGUCUCUUCUCUGCUUUAUUAAAUCGUCAUAUACUGCACAUGAUUUUCCCCCCAGGUCGGGCCUGCCUCGGGCUCUCUGUUGUAUUGUUAACUAUUUAAGCAUUAGACUGGCGCAGAGAUGGCAGGUGGGAAAAGCUGAGGGACUUGAUCUCCUCCCUGCCAGAGUUCUCCUCUUUCACGAGUGCUGCUUACAUUGAACAGCUUAAGAAUAAGCUGCUGUGUGAGCCCUCGGAGGCCAAGGAGUAUUGUUGAAUUCAGAAAGGAAUCGCUUUCUUUUUGUGAUAAUUUGAAUAUUCUCACAAUGAAGCUAAGCUACUUCACUGCCUGGUUUGCGUACCUCACGUUAUGUGCACCCUUUCCUGGGAAGCAGAAGAACCCCUGCCUCUUUGAAUACAUAAAUUGGUAUUGUUCGUUUGUGACAUGGGUAGGCGCAAAGGAAGAAUCAUCUGGAAGAAUUUUACUCUUUUGCUUUAAUGUCUUUUUAAAGCUCUUUCAAAAAAAUUUUUAUACAAGCCUUUGGAGACCACCCAAUUAAACCACCACAAUAAAUGUUGAGCAUUUUGAGAAAAGAGAUGGACCAUGAAGAUGAUUUGUAAAGUGUUUAUACAAGCAAAACAAGGAAUACGUUGGAAACAAUUUCCCUAAAUGACUCAGACAAAUAACCUGCUCACCUCCAGUUUUUUCCUGUAUUGUGAUGCAUUAUUUUUAAAACAGUUGUCCAAAAAUGGCCUUGAUUUUUCCCUUUUUAACUUCAAAGGAUGUUAUCAUACAAAAUAAAUGGACAUAGCCUUUUUGAUCAAAUUCACAGAAGAAAAUAGGCAAGUGAAUAAAUCACUUAGGUGAGAUAUUAAUUGGCUUCGUUCCAUAACAGAUUUGCCUUUGUACUAGUUAAGAAAAUCCUGAAAAGCUUUCCUGUAAGAGGAGCAAUUGAUUGGAAUAGUCUUGGUAGGAAGAAACCAAGCUUGAUAAUUACUUGGUGAACAGAAAUGCUGGUUUCCAAAUGCUCAUCAGGGUUCAGUGGCACAAAGCUGGCUGUAGACUUGGCUUCUGUAGAUUUGGUAAAAACAUAAAUUCUUGGGGUCCCAGUGAUGCUGUUUUAGUCUGCACUGAUUUGCCCUGUGGCCACCCAGGAAUCUGUAUUUUUAAAAGUUUUCCUUGCUGAUUCUAAUGCAUAGCCAGGUUUAGUAACCAUUUAAUUAAAUAUUCAAUGUGGAGACUUCAACCUUCUUGCACUGCAAAUUUGAUAAAUCUUUAUUUAUAUGAAGCCCCUUUGUUGAGUGCCAACUGGUUAUUUGCUGACUUUCUUUCAAUUCAGAAUUUGUUUUAGGUUCUGUUAUUGCAUAGAUUUGCAUACCUGUUUUAUGGUAUUUUAAUACUGUUGGUUUAAAAAAAUACCAUUUCCUCUGAGUGCUCUUUUGAAUAUUUUAUGUAAGCAAUUUCAUGUGUUCUUUUUGUUCCACUUGCAGAAAGCAGGGGAAAAGUUGAGAGUUUUUCUUAAUCCAGUUGCAAGUAGGACAAAGGAUAUAAGUACUUAAAGAUCAUCUAUUAAAAUGCAUGAAAACACACUAGAAAAUCUCCUCUGCACGUCGCCAGUCGUGUGUAUGCUCUAGAAGUGAAGCUCGGGGGUAGCAUAAUGGAGGAAUGUUUUCCUAGCUUCAUUCCCUGACGAUGUACAAGGUCUUUUCUCACAGGUUUGAAUCUUCAGACAAACUUCUGGGAGGACUCAGUCCCUGCCUCGCAGCAGAUGUUUCCUGUCACUCAGUAGCCAAUCCGGGGACCCAGGACAUGCCCCAGCUAUAGUGAUGCAGAUUACCUUUCUGCUCCUGAAUCGCACCUGUGCCUCAGACUUUCUCCCCCCAGCUUGAGACUGCAUGUAAACUGGGAUGUGUGAAAGCAGGAAGCAAAGCUAGUGACAGCUGAGAGGCCCAUGUCUGGGUAGAACCAGGCCCACGAUGCUGCCUUUCCCGUGGUCUGGAGUUCAGCUGCAGGGACUCUGCUGAUGUGCCCAGCACCAUCCUUCUGUUUGUGCUUAAAUGGCACAGCAUUUGGUCAGCACAUCUGAAAAGGAAGGUGUGAGAAGCAAAGCCCAUGGCCACGUUCCCCUGCCAAUUAUGUGGCAAGACGUUCCUCACCCUGGAGAAGUUCACGAUUCACAAUUAUUCCCACUCCAGGGAGCGGCCAUACAAGUGCGUGCAGCCUGACUGUGGCAAAGCGUUUGUUUCCAGAUAUAAAUUGAUGAGGCAUAUGGCUACCCAUUCUCCCCAGAAAUCUCACCAGUGUGCUCACUGUGAGAAGACGUUCAACCGGAAAGACCACCUGAAAAACCACCUCCAGACCCACGACCCCAACAAAAUGGCCUUUGGGUGUGAGGAGUGUGGGAAGAAGUACAACACCAUGCUGGGCUAUAAGAGGCACCUGGCCCUCCAUGCGGCCAGCAGUGGGGACCUCACCUGUGGGGUCUGUGCCCUGGAGCUAGGGAGCACCGAGGUGCUACUGGAUCACCUCAAAUCCCAUGCGGAAGAGAAGCCCCCUAGCGCAACCAAGGAAAAGAAGCACCAGUGCGACCACUGUGAAAGAUGCUUCUACACCCGGAAGGAUGUGCGACGCCACCUGGUGGUCCACACAGGAUGCAAGGACUUCCUGUGCCAGUUCUGUGCCCAGAGAUUUGGGCGCAAGGAUCACCUUACCCGGCAUACCAAGAAGACCCACUCACAAGAGCUGAUGAAAGAGAGCUUGCAGACCGGAGACCUUCUGAGCACCUUCCACACCAUCUCGACUUCAUUCCAACUGAAGGCUGCUGCCUUGCCUCCUUUCCCUUUAGGAGCUUCUGCCCAGAACGGGCUUGCAAGUAGCUUGCCAGCUGAGGUCCAUAGCCUCACCCUCAGUCCCCCAGAACAAGCCGCGCAGCCUAUGCAGCCGCUGCCAGAGUCCCUGGCCUCCCUCCACCCCUCGGUAUCCCCUAGCUCUCCUCCGCCACCCCUUCCCAAUCACAAGUACAACACCACUUCUACCUCAUACUCCCCACUUGCAAGCCUGCCUCUCAAAGCAGAUACUAAAGGUUUUUGCAAUAUCAGUUUGUUUGAGGACUUGCCUCUGCAAGAGCCUCAGUCACCUCAAAAGCUCAACCCAGGUUUUGAUCUGGCUAAGGGAAAUGCUGGUAAAAUAAACCUGCCCAAGGAGCUGCCUGCAGAUGCUGUGAACCUAACAAUACCUGCCUCUCUGGACCUGUCCCCCCUGUUGGGCUUCUGGCAGCUGCCCCCUCCUGCUACCCAAAAUACCUUUGGGAAUAGCACUCUUGCCCUGGGGCCUGGGGAAUCUCUGCCCCACAGGUUAAGCUGUCUGGGGCAGCAGCAGCAAGAACCCCCACUUGCCAUGGGCACUGUGAGCCUGGGCCAGCUCCCCCUGCCCCCCAUCCCUCAUGUGUUCUCAGCUGGCACUGGCUCUGCCAUCCUGCCUCAUUUCCAUCAUGCAUUCAGAUAAAUGAUUUUUAAAGUGUAUUUUUCGUAUUCUGGAAGAUGUUUUAAGAAGCAUUUUAAAUGUCAGUUACAAUAUGAGAAAGAUUUGGAAAACGGAACUGAGACUAUGGCUUAUUCAGUGAUGACUGGCUUGAGAUAAGAGAAUUCUCGAACUGCAUGUAUUGUGCCAAUCUGUCCUGAGUGUUCAUGCUUUGUACCAAAUUUAAUGAACGCGUGUUCUGUAAUCAAACUGCAAAUAUUGUCAUAACCAACAUCCAAAAUGACGGCUGCUAUAUAUAAGUGUUUGUCAUAUGGAAUUUAAUCGUAAGCCAUGAUCAUAAUGUUAACUAAAUAACUUUAUGUGGCACUGCCUAGUAAGGGAACUAUGGAAAGGUUUGGAUCUCUCCAAACUGGGAGAAUUUUAAAAAUAAGAAAAUAACCUUUAUAUGAUAUAUUAUGACUAGGCUGUGUAUUUCUUUUCAGGGAUUUUUCUACCUUCAGGGUUGGAUGUAGUUUAGUUGCUAUUACCAUAGCCAACCUGUAGUUUUACAUAUACAAUUUCUUGUGGAGCAAUAGAGUUCUCCAUUUUACAGAAGCAUUUUAAAUGUAGUUUGAAUAUUUUCCACAAGAUGCUGCAAUGUGAGUUAUCACUUCAUUUAUCUUAAAGACUAAACUGGUUGUCAGCUACAUCUAACAGAAAGAAAAAUCACUGUGUAACCAGGUUAAGUGGUAAAAUAAUCCAGGCGUCAGUCAAAGGCAUUUUGCUGACUAUAAUAUUGAUUAUAUUUUUAACAGGAAUUUAAGAAAAUAUUACUGGAAUUAAAAAUAUAUAUAUUAAACAAGAAUUUUCUUUGCUCUGUCUAGCUUAAACUACUACUCAAGCUGCUUAACUUCUUAAGUAUUGUUUUUAAUCACCAAUAAAUAAGUGCAUUUGUAAUUCAUCAGUUUGUCCUUAUUAGCUUUUAUUCAAAGAGGAUUAUGUUUUACAAUGUAACUAUAAUCUCUUGAAUUUGGUAUCUUAUUAAUGAGUUUUAAAGAUGUAAAACCUAACCUUUUUUAAAGCUCCAUUGUCUUAUGUUUUUAGAGGCUUUCUUUUCCAUAAACAUAUAUCUUACAUAUAAUAAACUUUUCAAAUCUUGCAA